AUGGCCAGCGAAGACAAUGUGGAAAAAAGGGUUAGACGUCAAACUAUUGCAGUGGCUUCUGCUGUCACGAUUGGUGCUAAUAAUUUGCGUACAUCACACAUAGAAUGUACAAAUAAUAAUCCUGCAUUCAUAGCUAACUAUGUCGAAAAUAAACUUCAAGAAUUCACUUUUAUUGUUUGUGGUGCUCCACGAACAGGUAAAAGUACAUUAAUCAAUGCCAUCACUGGCAAACAAUUGGCUCGAACCGGCCCAGGUCUAGCUCUUAUAACACAAGAAUCAGAAUGUUAUGAGCUCAAAGAUACUUUUCGGGAAAUCACUGAUAGACAAACAAGUGAGAGAUGUGUCGAUGCUCAACGAUUUCGAAUUAAAAUUUGGGAUACAAAAGGAAUACAAAAAUGGGAUUCAUCCAUCAUUGAUAUUGUUAGACAAAAAAAUCCAAUGUGUGUUAUAUUAUGUGCAUCUCCAGGUUCGUUUGCUAACGAUGAAUUUAUUCGUGGAUUAAUUAGUGAAUGUGUUAAUUUCAAUAUCUUCAUUGCACUUGUUUGUACGAAUCAAUGGAAUGGUGGUGACGACAAACGAAAAGCAGUCAUGCAAGACUUUCAUGAUUUAUUAAAGAAUUACAAUCAAAAGACUUAUGAGGAAAAUGGUAUUCAAUAUUAUGGUAAUAUUGCACUGACAGCAAUGGUAAAUAGUGUUGAGUAUAUUAACCGACGACUUGAUAUAGAGAAACCAAAAAGUGGUAUUGGUACUUUACUUUUUGGCAUUAUGAAGUCAUUAAAUAGUGAUAAAUUAUUGGGAUGGUGCUAUACACUGAUGGAAAAUGAUGGGUUUUGAGUGCAAUUCAGAUUUCAAAUUAAUAAAAAAGGAUGGAUAUUAUCAACAUCGAUUGAUAUUAUUGAUCCUUAUGCUAGUAAAUAUGAUUCUCACGAACAAGUUGGUUUUAUAACGAUUACUGAUGGAAAAAAAAUAUAUGACGAAGAAUUUAAAUGGCAAUAUUAUCAUAUUCAAUUACCAGAGAAUAACGAAUUAGUUUUUUAUGAAUUAUAUGUUGCUGAUUUUUCUCCUAGUGGACAAUUUUCAGAUGUUAUUGAUAAAUUAGAUUAUUUAUCAGAUUUAGGUAUUAAUGCUAUCGAAUUAAUACCAAUUAUGGGAUCACAAGAAAAAGAACAUGAUUGGGGUUAUUUACCACGCCAUUUCUUUUGUCUUAAAUCAACAUACGAUUCUAUUAAUGAUUUAAAAUUACUUGUUGAUAAAUGUCAUCAAAGAAAAAUUCGUGUUUUUCUUGAUUGUUUUGUUACUGAUGUUAUGAAAUAUUGGAUUGAAGAAUUUCAUUUAGAUGGUGUUAGAUUUGAUGCAGCUUGUCAUGACAAUGAAAGUUUACUACAUGAUAUUGGUAAAAAAGAUUCGGAUGCUUUUAUUAGAAUGACAAUAGCUAUUAUUCUUUUAUUUACAUCGAUUGGAAUUCCAAUGAUUCGGCAAGGAGAUGAACUUGGUGAAGACAGAGAAUUAGGCGAUAAUCAAGUGGAAAAAACAUGUUUUUCAAUGCUAUGGGAUAUACUUGAAAAAGAUUUUAAUGUUCAUCUUUUAAAUACAUUGAAACAUUUAAUAAAACUUCGUCAUUCAAAUAAAUCUCUUCGAGAAGAUCCAAUGAAUUUUUUUCAUGAAAAUAAUCAAAAUAAAAUUUAA